CAAUUGCAAUUUAGUUUCGUAAACGAAGCGUUGAUCGACGCAACCAGCGAUACAGUUUAUAGAAAUGGCCCAAAUCAGUUGUUUGGUUGUACUUGUGCUGGUGGCUAUUGUCGGCCAUGGCACUGCAGCUCCUGCCCCAGGCAAGGCUGAAGGUCGCACUUUUGGACUCCUCGGUGGAGGAUUCGGCGGUGGUGUUGGUCUUAGUGCUGGAGUUGGUCUCAAUGCUGGCCUUUACAGUGGAUUUGGAGGCGGCGGCUAUCCAGGCGGUUAUGGUGGUGGCUACUCUGGUUAUCCAGGUUAUGGAGGAGGCUAUGGCGGUGGCUAUUAUCCCGGCGGCGGUUACGGCGGUUUUGGACACAGACCCCACUUUGGAGGCGGCGGCGGCUACUAUCCAGGGGGUUAUGGUGGUGGCUACAACAACUAUGGCGGCUCCUAUGGCGGGCAUUACAGUCAAUCGCAGUACUCGAAUGGCUACUACGGCGGCGGCCAUGGCGGAGGUGGUUUCUUUGGCAAAUAAUCAACAAUCAACCGACUGUGAUCUUAGUUAUGCCAUUAUUUCUACUGUACAAUAAAA